AUGUCUCUCUUUGUUGCUCUAACGGUUCUCUAUCUCUCCACUCUUUUGCUCUCGAGUAACUCUCAGAACUCAAUGUGUGAUGACUCCAAUCGAUGUCACAAUGGAGGCACAUGCAUCGACCUUGUUGAUGACUACAUAUGUCAAUGCAGUACGAAAUUCACUGGUCUUCAGUGUGACAACAGUGUGGACGAGUGUGCUUUCGAUCCGUGCUAUAAUAACGGAUCUUGUGUUGAACUCUUUGAUGGAUUCCACUGCAUCUGUAUGAGUGGACACUCUGGUGACUUGUGUCAGUACGACAUCGAUGAAUGCGAUUCGAAUCCGUGUCGAAAUGGUGGCACAUGUAGAGACAUGGUCGAUGGCUAUCGAUGCAUUUGUCCACCGUUUUACACGGGAACCCGAUGUGGCAGAACCUGCGAGUCGAUUGUGUGUGAGAACGGUGGCGUCUGUGUAUUGAUAGCAAACGACAUUAAUCCAGUCUGUAUAUGCCAGUGGGGAUACACGGGUCUCUUAUGUGAAGAUGAUAUCGACAUAACUGUUCCCGCAUUCGGGCAUCCUCUUGAUUCAUAUUUGCAGGUUCGAUCCGACGUCGUCAAUGUUACUGAUGACAGUAUUUCUUUGGUUAUGAGGGUGGCUGCAACUGAUGGUCUCGUUUUUCUCACAUCAUCAACACCUGAUGCGUCUGAUGAGUAUGUUGCUUUGUAUUUGAGUGGAGGCCGGCUGGACUACCAGAUGAAAAUUGGAAGUCAAAGAAUGAGGGUUGUGAGUCCAGAUGUCGUUUCAAUGUGUCCGUGGGUUGUCGUUGACCUGAAAUACAAUGGGCAGUUACACAUUGAUGGUCAACCAGUAGCCAGUGGUACUCCUCCUGGCACAUUCGCUAACAUUCUCCCACAAUACACAUACCUUGGAGGCGUUCCCAACUCGGGCGCUAUAACAUCUGCUACAGGAACACCAACAACCGGCUUUGUUGGAUGCAUUAACACAUUGUCAAUCAGUGGCAAAGAAAUUGAUAUUAAAGGAAGAGACGUUGUAUCGGGCGAGAACGUUGGACAAUGUUCGACUGAUCCGUGCACUAAUAUUCCAUGUGCAAAUGAUGGUGUUUGUGAAGACACCGGUUCACGUGUGAGUGACUUCAACUGCACUUGUACGGAUGGCUUUAGUGGUGAGACGUGCGAUGUAUUCAAUCCGUGUCACACUGAGCCGUGUUUGCAUGGAGGCGUGUGCGUUCUGAACAAUAAAAGUUCUGUUGGAUAUCAGUGCAUUUGUACAGUGCUGUUCGUGGGGUUACAGUGUGAAACACCAAAGGAAAUAUCUUUAUCAAACACAUUUUUGGAAUUUUUUGGUGACUCGAGAUCAGCAUGGGUUAUCGAUCCCGGUAGUCUGAGAGUUGAAACAGUCUUAACCCUAACAGUCAAAUCAACAACCGACAGAAGCAGUGGCAUCCUUGCUUGUAUCGGUCAAGCAACAACAGACUUCUUAGCACUGUUUGUAGACGAUGGCUUUGUGAAGGUGAGCGUGGAUUUUGGAGGACUACGCCCACUCGUAUUAACCAGUCGGAGUCGCCUAGUUGCUACUCAGUUUGUACUAAUCGAGGUAAUACGUAGGGAUCGCAAUGUGCAGCUGAGGGUCGGCGAAGAGGAAAGUGUCGUCCUUUCAUAUCGACCAAACUUUUUCCUUCUCGAUGUGAGCAACCGGUUGUACAUCGGCGGUGUGCCGACCUCUCUACUGAAUUUUGAGCAAAAGUCAGCGAUCGGUGUGACGGCCGGUUUCAAGGGAUGUAUUGGAAAUGUGUUUGUUAAUCGACGUCGACUCGAUAUGGCCGAUCUCUUCUCUAGUUAUGAUGUUAACGUGUGUGAUACUGAUGCAUGUGGUUUGUUAUCGCCGUGUAAGAAUGGUGGCACUUGUUUAUCAAGCGGUGCUUCAAUCGUUUGUCAGUGUCCUGUGGACUAUCAGGGAUUGUCAUGUGAGAGGUCGUUUGAUCUUUGCUUGAUGCGUGGCUGUGCUUCAGGAUCGACGUGUACAGUGAUUGCAGAUCGUGCUGUCUGUCUGUGUCCACUAGGAAAACGUGGAAUUCUCUGUGAUAUUGGUCUAGAAGCUCAGAUUGCAAAGUUUAGUGACGGCUUGUCAUCUUUCAUGGCUUUCAGCUCUUUACCACUUGAGGCUCGUCAGUCUACACUCAUAUCAAUGUCAAUAAAACCGGAGUUUGCAAGUGGUUUGUUGAUGUAUACCGAUGACAGCCCGGCUAAAGUAUCAAACGAUUUCUUAGCCAUUGGUCUCUACGAUGGUUAUGUGGAGUUACGGUACAAUCUCGGUUCUGGAACGGCUGUAAUUCGAAGCGAAGAAAAAGUUGGUUUGAACAACUGGCAUACGAUUGUUGCUGCUAGGACAGAGCAGUCGGGGACACUAGUGCUAGACGAUCGGCCUCCUGUAACCGGUUCCAGUCCAGGAACAACAGUGUCUCUCACUGUAAAUGCCGAACUGUUUAUUGGAGGUGUCGAGCAUUUCUCUCAGGUGAAUGAGGAUGUUGGCCUCACGUCUGGAUUUUCUGGUUGUAUCACUGAUGUCAGUAUCAAUUCAGUUAGUUAUGAUGUCACCAUCAGUGACUCUAUUCCUGCCAAUAACAAACGAGGUCGCAGCAUAUCUAACUGCCAAGACCAUCCGUGCACUAACAUUAACUGUCAAAAUGGAGGCACAUGCUCAAAUAUUAACGAUCUAGGGACAUAUGGUUGUACUUGUCUGGAUGAGUUUGUUGAUGACUUUUGCCAGACUGAAGUUGUUGAUCCGUGUGAGCAGCUGAAUGGUGGUUGCCAUUCGGACAGCUUGUGUGUGUUUAAUUCAGCUCUGCAGACUCAAACGUGUCAAUGUUCAUUGAAACCGGAACCGAGAAGAGGAGAAUUUUGUAAUCAAGUUGGACCGAUUUCUAUUCCAAAGUUUAAGGGAAACGGUUUUAUUGAAUUUGUGGUUUCGUUUGGUGAUACUCGGAAGACGUCAGUAGCUUUCAAUGUUUCAUCUCAAGCGACCAAUGGUCUGAUCUUGUUCGUGCAGUCGACAGCGAUUGGAGUUGGUGAUUUUUUAGCUGUUGGUGUGAGGAAUGGAUUUAUCGAGUUUAGAAUAGAUUUAGGCGGAGGUCUCUUUCACCUGACAUCUCAUGUCAACAUAACCUCUUCAUCAAGCUACCACUCAGUAGUGAUCACAAGAAAUUCUCAACUGGUUACAAUCACUGUAGAUGAUGAAGUCGUAUCAGGCAUAACACCAGGAUCAAACAUUGGUCUAGACGUGGGAUCGAUUUGGUACGCUGGUGGUAUAACAAGUGAUGUCAGUGAGUAUGAAUACAUACUCGAUGGAGUCUACUCAACGGGUCUUAUUGGAUGUCUGCGUCAACUGGAAGUCAAUGGUGUUAUUCUUGAUGUGGAAAAAGAUGCUCGGAAUGGACGAAAUGUAGACAGCUGUGAGCAGUAGAGCACGAAACUUUAGGUUUCGAUACACGAUGUCAGUGCAACUCGAUUGGAUGGACACACUCAAAUCAAUUAACUGGAAUGUAACGUGUCUGCUUGCAAUAGUUAAUUGGAGAUUUAAAGUAAAAUUUUGGUUGGAUUUUGCUACCCACUACAUCAAAAUAAAUAAAUAUUUGAA